AUGAAUUCAUCCAAUGACCUUCUCCUCAUUCAUUCCAUCCAGUUCAAUGCCACUUUGGACUUCAACGAGACUCUCUUGCUUAACAACCUCAGCAUUGAGUUUUGUGAGCAGGUGUUCAUCAAGACUGAGGUGUUCCUGACCCUGGGGAUUAUCAGCUUGCUGGAGAACAUCCUGGUGAUCCUGGCCAUCCUGAAGAACAAGAACCUCCACUCGCCCAUGUACUUUUUCCUCUGCAGCUUGGCCGUGGCCGAUAUGCUUGUCAGCGUGUCCAACGCUUUGGAAACCAUCGUCAUUGCCGUGCAGAACAAGUACCUCGACGAUGUCUUUGAUUCUUUGAUCUGCAUUUCUCUGGUGGCUUCCAUCUGCAGCCUGCUGGUGAUCGCCAUAGACCGCUACAUCACUAUUUUCUACGCCUUACGAUAUCACAGCAUCAUGACGGUGAAGAAAGCGUUGGCUUUGAUCAUGGUCAUCUGGGUCUCCUGCAUCAUCUGCGGGAUCGUCUUUAUCGUCUACUCCGAGAGCAAGACGGUCAUCGUGUGCCUCAUCACCUUGUUCUUCACCAUGCUUGUUCUCAUGGCCACCAUGUACGUCCACAUGUUCCUCUUUGCCCGCCUCCACGUGAAACGGAUUGCGGCCCUGCCCGUGGACGGCGUGGUGCAACAGCGGACGUGCAUGAAGGGCGCCAUCACCAUCACCAUCCUCUUAGGGGUCUUCGUUGUGUGCUGGGCUCCUUUCUUUCUCCACCUCAUCCUCAUCAUCUCCUGCCCGCCAACUCCUACUGCAUCUGCUACGGUGCCUACUUCAACACGUACUUAA